AUGGCCAUGAUGUAUCCUCAGCUCGUCUUGCUGGGAGACUCUCUCUUCCAGAACUCGAUAGCCCUUCAGGAUGGGUUUUCGUUCAAUGCCGCUGUCCAGAGUCUCUGCACCCGCAAGCUAGACGUCAUCAACCGCGGUCUCUCUGGGUGGAAUACUAAGAACCUGAUCGAGUACAUGGACCGCAUCUUUCCGGAGCCGACGGCGAACACUCCGGAGAUUAAGUAUGUCGCCAUCCUGAUGGGAGCCAACGACGCUGUGCUGCCCUUCUCCCCUACGAAGCAGCACGUCCCGAUAGAUGAGUACAAGGAGAACCUGAUCAAGAUCAUCAGCCACCCGCGGAUCAAGAAGAAUAAGCCCAUUAUUCUCCUUGUGACGCCUCCGCCCGUGGACGAGCUCAAGCACAGCAAGCUCGACGCCGAGUCCGGGCUGUCUUCGUCGAUACGCACGUCGGCCGUCAGUGCCUCGUAUGCGGAGAAGGCCCGCGAGGUAGCCCGCGAGAACCCUGAUAGAGUUGUGCUGGUGGACCUCUGGCAGGCCAUCAUGGAUAAGGCCAUUGCCAUGUCUCCAGAUGACUACCAGCCCGGUGGGCCCUGGCUAGGCAGCCCGGAGAACGGUAAGGCCGGCGGGCUGGACACGCUCCUCCCCGACGGACUGCACAUGAAUGGGGAGGCGUACCGGAUCUUCUUUGACAUAAUUCGUCCUCACAUUGGCAAGGAGUGGGAGGGCCUGCCGCCUAAUGCCGGCUACGUGUUCCCCUCUUGGCAGAAUAUGAACAGGGUGGAGGUCGUCACCGAGAUUCCGGAUAACUAG